GAAUGUGUGAUAUUAUUAACUUGAUUCAAUUUUAACAAUGCUGUAUCAAAUUUCAAAGAUAUUUAUACACUUGUAGAUAUAGUCGUGUAAAAAUAUCACACUAAUGAGUUUGCCAUUUAUCAGUUACACCCUCGCCUGCAGCUGACUGAAUAAUGAAUUAGCUUUUUAUCAUAAUGCUGAAUUAAAAAAAAUUGACGGAAAUGCCAUAAUGAUUUUUUAUUUUUUUUUAAUAGGGAAGUGAAAUCACAUGAUCAAUGUGGUUAUUCCUGUGCACGCCCAGUAUAGGUCACGUGAGUUGAAGGGAAGAGGGAGGAAAAGGGGGCGUGGAAGGGGUGGACAUCAAAAUGCGUGUGAGAUCACCGGCUCUGUGAAACAUUAGAUCACUUCACAAGGGUGUGUGGGGAGGACAACAGCGCAGGAGUAUCCGUGUGUGAUCACCGAGCCUGUCAAACAUCGGAGGCCCGUGCGGAAGGACAACGGAACCAGACAUGGCUGAAACAGAUAAGCUGGAGAGGAACGUUAAAGAUAUUUAUUUAAGUGAUCACAAAGAUGAAGCCGGUAAAACGAAGAAAGAAAAAAAGGAAAAGUUACCCAUGGUUGGUGCCAUGGAACUGUUCCGGUUUGCAGAUACCAAAGACCUCGCGCUGUUGUUUUUCGGGACCCUGAUGUCGAUGGUCCACGGUGUUGUCUUGCCUCUCAUGUUGGUUGUGUUUGGAGAUAUGACGGACAGCCUUAUAUCCGAUGCUACAAUUCAUUACUUGAACAACAGCAACCCCAAUAUGACUUUUCCAAAUAGCACCUUACAAGAAGACAUGACCGACUUUGCCAUCUACUACUCCAUCUUAGGGGCCAUUGUACUGGUGGCCGCCUACAUGCAGGUUGCGUUUUUUACCUUGUCGGCUGGACGACAAACCAAACGCAUCCGCAAGAAUUUUUUCCACAGUAUCAUGCGACAGGACAUCGGCUGGUUUGAUGUCAACGAGACGGGAGAGCUCAACACUCGCCUUACAGACGAUGUCUAUAAGAUCCAAGAGGGUAUCGGAGACAAGGUGGCCAUGUUGAUCCAAUCGUGUUCCACCUUCAUCACAUCUGUCGUCAUCGGUUUCAGCAAAGGAUGGAAGCUGACUCUCGUCAUACUGGCCGUCAGCCCCUUGUUAGGCAUCAUGGCGGCAAUUUUCAGUAAGGUGCUAGCAUCGUUCACAUCUAGAGAACAGAGUGCCUAUGCCAAAGCGGGCGCUGUUGCAGAAGAGGUGCUUUCUUCUAUCAGGACUGUUUUUGCCUUCAGUGGGCAACGCAGAGAGAUUGAGAGGUAUCAUAAAAAUUUGGAGGAUGCCAAGAACGUGGGAAUCAAAAAGGCAAUAAGUUCAAACAUCGCUAUGGGCGUCACCUUCUUAUUGAUCUACCUGUCUUACUCUUUGGCCUUCUGGUACGGAAGCACCCUCAUUUUGAGUGGAGAGUACACCAUCGGCGUUGUACUUACAGUUUUAUUUGCUGUGCUCAUCGGAGCGUUCGCCUUGGGGCAGACGUCGCCUAACGUUCAGUCCUUUUCCAGCGCCAGAGGAGCCGCGCACAAAGUUUACAGCAUUAUUGACAAUGUACCAAAUAUCGACAGCUUUUCAGAGAGCGGCUUCAAACCUGAUUUCAUCAAAGGGAAUAUAACGUUCAAGAAUAUCCACUUUAACUACCCUUCAAGGCCUGAAGUCAAAGUAUUGAACAACAUGUCCUUGAGUGUGACGAGUGGACAGACCAUGGCCUUAGUUGGAAGCAGCGGCUGCGGGAAGAGCACCACCAUCCAGCUCUUACAAAGAUUCUACGAUCCUCAAGAGGGAUCUGUAUAUAUCGACGGCCAUGACAUCCGUUCCCUCAAUAUCCGCUACUUGCGGGAGAUGAUUGGCGUGGUGAGUCAAGAGCCCGUCCUUUUCGCCACCACCAUAGCCGAGAACAUCAGAUACGGCCGAACCGACGUGACGCAGCAGGAGAUCGAGCGAGCCGCCAAGGAGGCCAACGCUUACGACUUCAUCAUGAACUUUCCCGAUAAGUUUGACACGCUGGUUGGAGACCGAGGGACUCAGAUGAGUGGAGGACAGAAGCAGAGGAUCGCGAUUGCCCGGGCGCUAGUCCGUAACCCCAAAAUCCUUCUGCUGGACGAAGCCACGUCUGCUCUUGACGCGGAGAGUGAGACGAUUGUGCAGGCUGCUCUUGACAAGGUUCGACUGGGUCGUACCACCUUAAUCGUGGCCCAUCGCCUUUCGACGAUCAGAAACGCCGACGUCAUCGCCGGCUUCAAAAACGGAGCCGUCGUCGAGCUGGGGACUCACAGCCAACUGAUGGAAAAACACGGCGUCUACCAAACGCUCGUCACUAUGCAGACUUUUCAGAAAGCUAAGGACGAGGAGGAUGAAGAAGACGUUGAAAACAAAAGUCUCCCGAACUCCCCGUUAAUGAGGAGGAGGAGAUCUACAAAAACGUCUUCAUUUGCUGGUUCAGAAGGGAAAAAAGAAGAGAAAGAAAAUUUGGUGGAUGGCAAAGAUACAACACAGGAAGACGAAAAUGUCCCGCCAGUGUCGUUCCUCAAAGUGAUGCGUUUCAACCUCCCGGAGUGGCCUUACAUUUUCGUCGGAACCAUCUGCGCUUCAAUUAAUGGCGCAAUGCAACCACUGUUUGCUCUUAUCUUCUCCAAAAUCAUCACUGUGUUUGCUGAGCCCGAUGUAAACGUUGUACAGCAGAAAUCUGAAUUCUUCUCCGUUAUGUUUGCUGUUAUUGGUGGAAUUUCUUUUUUCACCAUGUUUUUACAGGGUUUCUGUUUUGGUAAAUCUGGAGAGCUUCUGACUAUGAAACUGAGACUAGCAGCUUUCAAAGCCAUGAUGAGGCAGGACCUCGGCUGGUUUGAUAACCACAAAAAUAGUGUCGGCGCCCUCACAACAAGACUUGCCACAGAUGCUGCUCAAGUUCAAGGGGCUACGGGACUACGUCUUGCCACCCUGGUUCAGAAUCUGGCCAAUAUGGGCACGGCUCUGAUUCUUUCUUUUGUGUACGGCUGGGAGCUGACCCUGCUCAUAUUGUCGGUGGUUCCCGUCAUGGCGGUGGCUGGAACCGUGCAAAUGCAAUUGCUAGCCGGGCAAGCUGCUCAGGACAAGAAGGAGCUGGAGAAGGCCGGAAAGAUUGCGACAGAGGCCAUCGAGAAUAUUCGGACGGUGGCAUCUCUGACCAGAGAACCCAAGUUUGAGUCUCUGUAUCAUGAAAACCUCAUCGUUCCUUACAAUAACUCCCAGAAAAAGGCCCACGUGUACGGUUUCACCUUUGCAUUUUCCCAAGCUAUGAUCUAUUUUGCUUACGCGGGAUGUUUCCGCUUUGGAGCUUGGCUCAUCGAUCAAAAACGAAUGGAUGUUGAGGGAGUAUUCCUAGUUAUUUCAGCUGUCCUGUAUGGCGCCAUGGCUGUCGGAGAAGCUAAUUCCUUCACUCCGAACUACGCAAAAGCCAAAAUGUCCGCUGCGCACCUGAUGAUGCUUUUGAACACGGAGCCUGCUAUUGAUAAUCUCUCAGAAGAUGGAGAGUCGCUGGACCAAUUUGAUGGCAGUGUGCGCUUUGAGGACGUGAAGUUUAACUACCCCUCACGCCCGGAUGUCCCCAUUCUCCGAGGGCUGAAUCUGAAAGUGAGCAAGGGAGAGACACUGGCCCUGGUGGGAAGCAGCGGCUGUGGCAAAAGCACCACCAUCCAGCUCUUGGAGAGGUUCUAUGACACCACGCAAGGCAAAGUGGUGAUUGAUUCCAAGAAUGUAAAAGAUCUGAACAUCCACUGGCUGAGAUCCCAGGUCGGCAUCGUGUCCCAGGAGCCCGUGCUGUUUGACUGCAGCUUGGCCGAAAACAUCGCCUAUGGAGACAACAGUCGUACGGUUCCUAUGGAGGAGAUUAAAGCAGCUGCUGAGAAAGCUAACAUUCACAGCUUCAUAGAAAAACUGCCAAAAAAAUAUGACACUCAGGCAGGUGAUAAGGGGACCCAACUGUCAGGUGGUCAGAAACAGCGAAUAGCCAUCGCCCGAGCCAUUCUCCGUAACCCCAAACUUUUGCUUCUAGAUGAAGCCACGUCUGCCCUUGACACCGAGAGUGAGAAGGUGGUGCAAGAAGCCUUGGACAAAGCCAGCCAGGGUCGGACGUGUAUCGUCGUCGCCCAUCGUCUGUCCACCAUCCAAAACGCGGAUCGCAUUGCUGUCUUUCAGGGAGGCGUGGUGGUUGAACAAGGGACACAUCAGCAGCUGCUGGCCAAAAAGGGAGUCUACCACAUGCUGGUUACUACUCAAAUGGGCCAUGGGAGGGAAUGACCAUUUGAUUGUGGACAAGAUUACACAAGUGGCCUAUAAGUUCCCCUUCACCUUAGUCAUAAUAUAUAAAUAUGAAAUUUAAUUUGAUAGCUUUAAAUAAAUUUGCACUUCUGAACGGUGAGGUGGAUGUGAUCCACCGUGCCACCCUCCUAUCUUUUAUCAUUUUGAAAAUAUUGUACUGCCAAUCUUGUUGGUAUUUUUGUUUGUGUUGCGAGCACCAAGUACUUGAGUUAACUAAUACACUACAUUACAUCUGUCACUGGACAUGUACUACUGAAAAACUAAAGUUGAAGAAUCAAUUACAGCACAGUCAAUCCAUUCUUAGAUUGUAAUCUUUAAAGCCAUUUUUUUUUCCUCAUUGGCUUUACACCUCAUGUUGUAUUGUGUUAUAUUUUCUACUUGAGUAUUUUUCUGUAUAGCACUUUCUUCCAGUUCCGUUUUUAAAUGAUUUAUAAAGUUGAUCUAAACUGAGAUUAACCACAUUUGCAUUCUCAUUAAUGGACUACUGAGUACAGUGGUAGUACACAGUAGAAUAAAAGCAUAUCGAUUAAAAAAAAAAAAAGUCUUGGAGAACAUUAAAUGUUUUGAUAUAUAAAAAAAAGUGACGUUUUACAUGGUUAGGAGUGGAUAGUACAUAUUUUUGUCUUUCGGAGAAAUAAAUAUUUAAGAAAAAGUA